CAAUGGCGAGCUACAAACUUCACUACUUUGACGUCCGGGGCCGCGCGGAGCUGAGUCGAUACCUCUUUCUGGCGGCAGGAAGGGACUUCGAGGACAACCGGAUACCGCGAGAUGAGUGGCCAAAUGUCAAACCAAGUAGGUAUCAUGAACCGCUCGCAAAAAUAUAUUUAAUAAGACAUUUUUAUACUAAGAUGAUGAUAAUAAGGAUGAUGAUGACGAUGAUGAUGAAGAUGAUAAUGAUAAUGAUGAUGAUGAUGGUGGUGAUCAUGAUGAAAAUGCAGCUGCUGAUUAUAAUGGUGGUGAUGGUGAUGAUGAUGAUAUUAAUGAUGAUAACGAGAAUGUGUGACCAGACCCUGGAACUCAUUAACGACCUCAUUCAGGAAGUCGUCAAAUACUUCUUUGAAAAGGACGAGGAGAGAAAGAAAGAGGUGGGGAAACAUUUAGCUGAAGUAGUAUAUCCCAAAUUCUUGGGAUACUUCGAAAAACAACUUGAUAAUAACGGCGGCAAAUAUUUAGUAGGAAGCGGGUUAACCGUAGCAGAUUUGGCAGUCUAUGCUGUUUUAGACACAGCUAUGCAAAAUUCGGAAACCUUCUUGGAGAAGCACGAGAAAUUGAGGGCUCAUCGAGACAUGGUAGGCGCCAUUCCGAAGAUACAGGAAUAUGUCAGCAAUAGAAAAAAGACUGACAUCUAGACUUUCAUUGCCAUAAUAACUGAACAAAAUAGAUAUUGUAAACGUAUGGUAUGGCAUUAUAUGGUAUGUACACUUGUUAGUAUGUAUUAUGUUUUCUUGUAUAAUAUGAAAUAAACAUUGAAGCAAG